AUGUCAGAGAUCGAGAAGGCUUUGGUGGAGCUGAAAGCUCUCAUGAAGUAUCGUACAGAGCAACUAGGCUAUGAGGAAGAUUUCCGCGGCUUGGGACUAACUAGUCGAAAGAACCUCUGCCUCCAUCCCUCCGUCAAACGAGAAAAGAGUGGAUCUGUUGUGGACGCCCGCUGUAGGAGUCUCACUGCUGGCUUUGUUAAAGAGAAGAAGGAUAGGGGUGAGAAUGUGGCCGUUUGCGUCUACCACGAUAAUCUCGACCUUCUCGAGCCUCACAACCUGAUUCCGAAUGGCGUAUGGACCUUUGAUGGUAUUCUGCGGUAUGGAGAGGAACACAAACAGUGCCCAUAUUUUACUGCAAGAAGAAUGAUGCAAUACUGCAACGUCGUCAUUUUCUCUUAUCACUAUCUUUUGGAUCCAAAAAUUGCGGAGCGAGUGUCUCGAGACUUUUCAAAAGACUGCAUUGUCGUGUUUGAUGAAGCUCACAAUAUUGACAAUGUAUGUAUUGAAGCUCUCAGCACUGACAUUACCGAAGACUCGCUACGUAGGGCCAGCAGAGGUGCACAAAACCUCGAGCACAAAAUCACCGAGAUGCGGGACACGGAUCAAGAGCAACUUCAGAAUGAAUACCAAAAACUGGUCCAGGGCCUUCGAGAGGCGGACGAAGCACGCCAGGAGGAUGCAUUCAUGGCUAAUCCUGCACUGCCAGAAGAUCUACUCAGGGAAGCUGUCCCUGGAAACAUUAGAAGAGCAGAGCAUUUCGUUGCUUUCCUCAAAAGAUUUAUUGAGUAUCUCAAGACAAGGAUGAAAGUGCGUCAGGUCAUUUCAGAGACCCCCCCUUCAUUCCUAGCUCACUUGAAGGAACACACUUUCAUCGAAAAGAAACCCCUCAGGUUUUGCGCAGAGCGCUUGACGUCUCUUGUUCGGACACUUGAGCUUACCAAUAUCGAGGACUAUCAGCCGUUACAGGAAGUGGCUACUUUUGCGACGUUGGUUGCAACCUAUGAGAAAGGCUUUCUUCUUAUUCUUGAGCCCUUUGAAUCAGACACAGCAGAGGUUCCUAACCCUAUUCUGCAUUUUACGUGUCUGGACGCAGCAAUAGCUAUUCGCCCUGUUUUCGAGAGAUUCUAUUCUGUUAUUAUCACGUCUGGUACAAUUUCUCCUUUGGAAAUGUAUCCAAAGAUGUUGGACUUUUCGACUGUGAUCCAAGAGUCAUACAGCAUGACACUUGCAAGACGGUCAUUCUUACCUAUGAUUGUUACACGCGGGAGUGAUCAAGCCUCCAUUUCGACCAGUUUCCAAGUCCGCAACGAACCUAGUGUGGUGCGAAAUUACGGCACGCUUUUGAUCGAGUUCGCCAAAAUCACUCCUGAUGGCCUAGUUGUCUUCUUUCCAUCGUACCUUUACAUGGAAUCGAUCAUCAGCAUGUGGCAAGGCAUGGGUAUUUUGGAUGAAGUGUGGAAAUAUAAACUUAUUUUGGUAGAAACUCCAGACGCCCAGGAAACGUCGCUAGCCCUCGAAACCUACCGCACCGCAUGUUGCAAUGGUAGAGGGGCGAUCUUAUUGUGUGUUGCACGGGGCAAAGUCUCAGAAGGCAUCGACUUUGAUCACCAGUAUGGCCGGACGGUACUUUGCAUUGGGGUCCCUUUUCAAUACACAGAGUCCCGGAUUUUGAAAGCACGUCUAGAAUUCUUGCGCGAAACGUAUCGUAUCAAGGAAAAUGACUUUCUUUCUUUCGAUGCGAUGCGCCACGCUGCUCAAUGCCUCGGCCGUGUCCUGCGAGGGAAAGAUGACUAUGGAAUCAUGGUUCUUGCCGACCGCAGAUUUCAGAAAAAGAGAGUCCAACUUCCCAAAUGGAUUAAUCAAGGCCUCCUGGAUGUCGAUACGAACCUUAGCACUGAUAUGGCAGUGAGCAGUGCAAGGAGGUUUCUAAGAACUAUGGCACAACCCUUUCACGCCAAAGAUCAGGACGGUAUUAGCACGUGGGGCUACGAAGAUCUUCAGAAGUAUAAAGAAAAGAUGGAUAUGGAAAAGAUUCGCGAACUCGAGGAUGCGGCAAAGAUUCCAGGCGACGAGGACAAUGCUCCCAUUAAUCCCUAUGAAUUCGAUGACGAAGAGUUGGACCAAGACAUGAUGGAGCUGGACGAUUUCUAA